AUGAUUCAGCAGUGUGACGUGUUUGUACCACCCGGUCUUUAUCCCAGAGUUGCAUCAAACACGGCGUGUUGGGCGGCGCUGAGAGGAAGACAGCUGCAGCACACGGUCAGCUUCCUGUCCACACUGCUUUCCCAGUUGUCCCAUGAUCCCUGCUGUUUCAGCCUGACUGCACUUUAUUGCUUCCCUCUUUUCUUCCUCCAUUCUUUUGAGCUUUUCCGUUACAAGCUGCUUCCUAUCUCUCUGGAUCGAUGGGUCCCUCCCAUCUCUGGGUUCUCUCAGGCCACCCCUUCGUUGAAUACUGCACUGCUCAAAUGCACAGCCAUAGUGCCUAACGAGGCCUUCAUCAUGACAUCAGGUCAAGCUAUGUUUAGGGUUGGGACAUUCCUGAUCAGAACAACAUUGAUACUUGCUAACCUGCCAGCACAAACCAAGGGAUAUGUGGCACCGGCAAGUCCCACUAGGUGCGGGGGAAACUUAACGGCACCUUCUGGAGGUCCUAUAACAUCCCCGAACUACCCUAGUCCCUAUGGCAACAACGAAAACUGUGAGUGGUUAAUCACCGUCCCAGCAGGAAAUACGAUACUCCUCACGUUUCAAGAGGGUCCAUAUCUUGAGGAAGGAAGCGACUUUUUCAGCAUAUACGAUGGAGCCAGUGAUAGCGCUGUGGAGUUACACAGGAUAACAGGUCGAGAUACUGUCAUAAAUGUUCCCAGCACAUCUAACACGAUGUUCCUGAGAUUUACAUCUGACAAGGAUUUACCACAAAGAGGGUUCAAGUUCGACUACAUAAGUCGAACACUUAACGACUCUGCUCAAAAUGAAUGUGGUGGCUACAGAUCAGGGCAAUCUGGGGAGAUUUUAUCCCCAAACCAUCCUGGAUCCUACGACAACAACCUGGUCUGUACGUGGACAAUAGUGGUCAACCCAAGAGGAUAUAUAAGGCUUAAACCUAAGAUUUUUAUCCUUGAAAGAUCGCGUGACUACUUAAGAGUCUACGACGGUGAUCUUGGAUUCAACGGCAUACUACUAGGAAGUUACACUGGUAUGAUUUCAAGCACCAGUUCCCCGGGUGUCAUAUAUUCACCCAACUAUCCUGCCCCUUACGGCAACGACAUGAACUGCACCUGGGGCAUAGCCAACUCGCAGGAAGGGAUGGGGAUAAAAAUGACAAUAGCAGAGUUCUCUCUGGAGGAAAGGCGUGACAAAUUAUCAAUCUACGCUGGAGACCACGUAUCUCAUAACGCCUUAUUGGGAGAAUACAGCGGCAAAGAUAUUCCUGAAGAAGUGAUCUCCACAGCAAAAACGAUUCACCUAGUCCUGACUACAGACGGAUCAAUUAAAGAGGAUGGUUUUAAGAUCCAUUUUGAAGUUGAAUGGAUUCACCAUCUGUUAGAAGAGGCUGGCUCAUUUCAUUCCAAUAACUACCCACAUUCGUACAGGAACAACUUGUAUCAGGAAUGGAGCAUAUCAAUCGAUGUGGGAAAACACAUCAGACUUAUGUUUACGUACUUUGAUGUCCAAGUUACCGAGGGGUGCACCUCUGACUAUAUGAUUAUUGAAGACCCUUUAAGUCUGGAUGAAAUGCACCACUGUGGUACUUGUAUCCCAACACCCUACAUCUCCGUAGGACACACCCUUCAUGUCUUCUUUGUGACAGACUUUGCCAUCUACAGAACCGGCUUUUCAGCAAAGUAUGAAACAGUGCAGGAUAGAUCAGGUGUGGGCACUGGAUAUCGACGGAAAACCGUUGCGGAGGACGGGUAUUUCACAGUCAACACCACAAGCAACAGGACUGGAUGGGAGGUGGUCGGAACAGAACAGUUUCUGUACAUCUCAGUGGGACGUGUUGGGGUGUGGGCAGUCUCUGACGACUCCACUGUAAUGUACCGCAAGGGAACAUUCAGGGGCGCAGGAACAGCAGGUAUAACCUCGGAUAAUCCUGAGGGUACAUCUUGGGACUCAGUCCCAACAGCGAAUAUGAAGGAAGUCAGCGUCAGCUCCAGGACCGGGCAGCUGUGGGCAGUGGAGAUUGGCGGCAGAGUGUGGCGUUCUCCUUUCUACUGUGAAAUCUCUGUAAAGAGCAACUGGGAAGCAAUUGAAGGUUGCUUUUCGUCAGUGUCUGUGGGACGGUCGGGCGUUUGGGCGGUGGACUUUGAAGGCGAGGUGUACCACAGAGCAGGCACAUUUCUAAACGAAACCGCCCCUGAAAAGCGACUCUGUGCAGAGGACGAAGUCAUUUGUCCAUACAGCGACAAAUGCAUCAAAGAAUGCCGCGUGUGUGACGGCACCGUGGACUGUGGGGAUGAUGACGACACUGACGAGCGGAACUGUUGGUUUGCCAACUGUCCGGAGAAACAUCGGCGAGUGUGUGCCGGAGAAGUGGGCUGCUACAGUCCGACUCGUGUGUGCGACGGAGAGCGGAACUGUGGGGAAAUUACUGAGGAUGAGCGGGACUGUCCCGACAGCUGCGUGCACCACUGGAAACGUAACUACCUACUGCAACGAGACGAAAUCCAGUGUCGUGAUCUGUCAGGCUGUGUGAGGAUCACAAAAGUUUGCGAUGGUCAGAAAGACUGUGCAGAUGGGUCGGACGAGAUAAACUGUUACGACUUCUGCUCCCUUCAUGGAACAUUUGGUGAUGCCGCCUACUGGAAGUGCCGUGACUCCCCGAGCUGUGUGAAAGGAGAAUUUCUGUGUAACGGCAUUUCUGACUGCGCUGAUGAGUCGGACGAAGAGAACUGUGAUUACUGUGGACUGCAUGAAAUGACUGGCUUCUCAAAAUGGGACAGAGAAAUAUUCAAGGAGGGAACUGACAUGCUGUACCUACUUCAUGAAUCAUGUAUUCCAUUUGACAAAGUUUGUGAUGGAUAUGAUGACUGGUAUUUCCAAGAUGAAAUCAGCUGUGCCCAGGGAAUCCCUACUGUACAUCUUUGUGAAAGAUGUCCACACUUCGAAAAUACCUGUUUGCCCCUAGGCGACGACAGCUACUGUGAUACUAUAAUACAAUGUGACAACGGAGAAGAUGAAGAUAACUGUGACGACAAAUGCGAACAAUCCGGACAACCCGGAUGGACGUGUAAAUGUGACCAGAUCACGGGAUGCUACAAGCCGGAUGACAUCUGCGAUGGUCGGAAGCAGUGUCACUCUCUGGCAGGGAAUGACUGCCAUGAUGACGAACAGCAUUGCGAAGAGUAUUGCCGUACUUUUGGUGGCUUCGACUGUGGCCCGCCAUGGCAUCAGUGCAUAUCCCUACACCGUGUAUGUGAUGAACAUCCUGACUGUAAUUACAUGGACAAUGCAACAAUGGAGUUUUACGGUCCUACUGAUGAACAAAAUUGUGGAACCUGUGACGGGUAUUGGGUUGCUUUGGAAGAGUAUAAGGAAAAAAGGAAGGAAGAGGGACUAACGACGUCUGACGAGUACAAUUAUAAGUGCAACUCAGGAAAAUGCGCAGCGACAUUCAACCUGUGUGAUGACCGCGACUUCUGUGGCAACUGGGAGGACGAGCAAGACUGCGAUAUAACGACAUGCAUGGACACGGCGGUACGGUUAGGUGUUUCUGACCAGUAUAAAGAAAUUGAAGUCGCACAAAAUUGCGAUGGGAAGGACGACUGCAGGACGGGUGUUGAUGAGAAUCCACGGAGAUGUGGCAUUGGAGCUUGUUUGCUACCUGUAGAUCUACUAGUUAAGGAUUAUGCAGUUACUGAAGGCUUUGGAGCACGUCAUUUAAACCACGGUAGCCGAGGUCUGUCCCUGACGGAAUGGGUUGUUGAUAACCUUGAGGACUGGCUGCAAAUCACCCUUGAACAUCCUGUCCAGCUGGCCGCUGUAGUUGUUUCCGGUCCCAGGUCAUCACAUCCUCCCCCAUUUACGUUGAAAUACGGGCUUGGGACCGACUGUUUAACAACCUACAUGGAGGCGGGUGAAAUUAAGGCGUGGCGAACCCCUGCCAACUCCGCUGAACAUUACCUGGCCAUAGCAGUACACACCAGAGUCGUGAUGCUUACCCCACAGUCUGCACUGGACAAAACUGUUUUGAACGUAGGUCUAUUGGGUUGCCCAAUUAAAGAGCAACGUUUCAACGACAAGUUCUGUGGUAAAGGUUGGACGAUGUUUGAAGAGAGCUGUUACCAGAUGAUUUCAUCCCCGCUUGUCUGGUGGGCUGCGGAGCGAUACUGCCAAGCUCUGGGUGGUUAUCUCGCGGCGGUUAACACACCACGGGAGAAUGAAUUCCUCCGCAACAACAUUGGCAAUGGAUGGAUAGGGCUAAAGCUUGAUGCAGUCGUCAUGAAGAAACAACGGAAGAGAAUCAAAGACUUAACUUGGAGCAAUGGAAGUCCUGCAGGGGACGCCUUUAAGGAGGAGAAUAUUGCACUUGACGCAUUCCAAGAAUAUCUUUGGAGACUCAAUGAUCCUUUCUGUGUCAUUCUAGAAGUACAAGGACCAUGGAGCCUCCACCCAUGUAGCCUCCUCGAGAAGGAAUUCAUUUGCGAGAAAGUCUGCGACGAUUGUAUGGCUCGGGAGACAAACUGUGGGAACAUCAGAUGCGGUCUUCCCGAUGACUACCGCUGCGGACUGAUCUACUCCCCGGGCUACCCAGCCGCCUUCCCGCCUUCAGCUAUCUGCCUUGGAGACGAUACAAAAAACACCACACAAUGUGUAGAUGGUGACUUGGCAGAAACUCAAAAAGGCGACCUUGAUGCAAACAUUCCGGACAUGACAGUGUGCGACGAUUGUAUGGCUCGGGAGACAAGCUGUGGGAACAUCAGAUGCGGUCUUCCCGAUGACUACCGCUGCGGACUGAUCUACUCCCCCGGCUACCCAGCCGCCUUCCCGCCUUCAGCUAUCUGCCUGUGGACCAUCGAUGGUCCGAAGGGAAGUUUCGUCACCCUUCUGCUGCUGGACGUUGAUUUGCCGGGCUACUCGAGUGGCGUCUGCACAAGCCGUGUGCUGCAGGUCAGGGACAGGUUCCUGACGGUAGGGUGGAACACGAUUCACGGGCUUUGUCGUGGGGAGGACGAGCAGAAGGUCUAUGUUUCCAGCUCCAAUGACAUGCAGUUGGCCAUGUUGGCGACGAGUAACAGCGCUGAUAUCGGCGGCAGUCGCGGCUUUAUUGCAACAUUCAACAUCAGUACUUUUAGCCCCAGCCGCCAGGUGCACAAUCUUCCUGACGAUGCACGAUUUUAUGAUGUCUACAGGAACCGAACCUUUGUGUGGACGGACGGCAUUCCUGUGACGUAUACGGACUGGUCACAAAUGGACCUCAGAACCGGAUUCCCCCAACCAGACGGCGCCAAGAUCAAUUACUGUGUUGCCAUAGUGAUGAAGAACGUCCGGGAAACUGACCAAUGGUAUGACGAGGCCUGCGAUGACAGAGACACGAGAUCCUUCAUUUGCAAGCGGGCCGCAGAACGAGUUACCCGUCAGGGAAAUAGUGCUUACAAAUUGUAG